ACUAUUCUGUCGAUAGAUGGCGAUUCUAUUGAAAAGCUUAUCAAUAAGCAUUAUCUUAUGAGUUAGUUGUAAUAAUCGUUUCCAGCGUGUUUGUUGAAUUUAAUUCUAAGCAUGGAAGUGUUAAAAGAAAUAGCUAAUUUUCUAAACGAAAAUACUCGUUUAGAUCUAAAAGCUGUUGCAUUGCAAAAUGUAUUAAAUAUCACAGGCAGCAAGGAGGGUCGUGAGCUCUUAUUUGGUUCUUUAGAUAUAUUAAAACAACUCGUUAUACUUAUGCAAGAUAAUACAAUGGCAAUAGCAAAAGAUGCAGCUUUAUCGGCUAUAAAUAUAAGUGCGGAUGAAGCAGGAGCUAAUGCUUUCUUAACAAUAUCUGAAUCUAUGCGACAGGACGAGGAACAAAAAUAUAAUCUCAACUUAGUAAAAGUUUGUAUCAGCUGUAUAAUGGAUAAAAAUAGCAUAUUAGCAGAUCCAUGUUGUAUGAUACUUUCCAAUAUGACAAGGCCUAGAUAUUUGGUAGACAGAGUCAUAACACUUAUUGAAGAAAGUGAUUAUGCAUGGGACUCCAUCGUAGCAGCAUUUACUGCAAAGAAAUAUAAUGUUACAGGAGCUAAUUUGCAUUACUUAGGGCCUGUAUUUAGUAAUCUUACUCAAUCUCCCUCUGUAAGGAAAUAUAUAAUGGAUAGGAAACGAAAUGUUAUCCAGCGUCUCCUCCCUUUCACAGAAUAUUCAGAUAGUACAGUAAGGAGAGGCGGUAUUAUUGGAACUUUAAAAAAUUGUUGCUUCGAUGUGGAAAAUCAUGAAUGGUUAUUAAGCGAGGAUAUAGAUAUUUUGUCAUAUUUAUUAUUACCUCUUGCUGGACCAGAAGAAUUUGACGAUAAAGAUAAUGAAAAGUUACCAAUUGAUCUGCAAUACUUACCCGAAACAAAGGAACGAGAAUCAGAUCCAGAUAUUAGAAUAAUGUUACUAGAAGCUUUAGAACAAUUGUGUGCUACAAAAAGAGGAAGGGAAAUUUUAAGAGAAAAAAACACUUAUAUUAUUUUAAGAGAAUUGCACAAAUCAGAGAAAUGCAAGGAAGCUCUUCUUGCUUGUGAAAAUGUUGUUGACAUCUUAAUUAGAACUGAAGAAGAAAUAGGUUUGGAUAAUAUAAAAGAGGUAGACGUUCCAAUGGAAUACAAGGACAAAUUUCAAAAAAUGGAUGAAGAAUUUAUCAAAAAUACUUGAGAAAUACUAGUUUUAUAAGAUGUCUGAUAUCUUGUUAAAUAUUUCUUUAUGAACAUAGCUCAAGUCAUAUAUAUAUAUAUAUA